CCGUGUUCAGUUGCAAACGAGCGACCUAGGCGACGGGUUCGAAAGCUCGCACGGCCACCCCCACUCUCACUGAAAAUCCAGAGACUGCAGGCCAACUGGCGAAUAAUUGUAGAGCCAAAAGCGUCAAGUGCCACGCGCUGGCCGCAAAAGCAAGCAGCUAUUUCUGUUAAUUCUGUAAAGUUCCGGUUUUAAUACGCGGCUAAGUAAGAGCAUGCGACUCUGUUCGCCGCCUGACAAUCGCAUCGUGCAUCAUCGUGGCAGCGUGGUAACAAGCUCCAGCCAGAGCUUGUUUCCAUUAAAAUAUUUCCUUCGAGAAAUCCGCCGAGUCCUGCCCCGAAAUUACCUUCAAUUCGACUCCGGCUUCGACUCGUAUUAGAUUGCUUUUCAAUCCAUUGCAAGGGGGAAAAAGGAAAGGCUUGGGCUUGGCACGUGCCUGAACUUUGACAGUGCUGCAGAUUUUCCUGAUGCACAGACAGCAUGAAAGAUUGAAGCUUUCCCAUAGAAACACCGAAGAAAAGAAGCGAAAGAAGCGACUGGAGGGGGAGAGAGAGAGCUGCAAUCCAUUGCUUCUUUCAGAUCCUUUCAUUUGCUCGGUUGGUCAGAGGAAUUCCCAAAAUUAUUACAAGUGUUGCAUUCAAAUCAAGAUAAACAUGAGAUAAUCAAAACGAUACGUUAAGAGAUACACGUGUGUAACAAGAUUAUUGGACCCAAGUGCUAAAUGUUCAAUGAUUGAAAUACGACACCUACAAAAUAAUAAAUCAGAAGGAAAAAAAAAGAUAGAAUACAAGUGAAAAAUCAAUGUGAAACAAAGGAAAUGAUAUUGUAAAGGCAAACGCAGAGAGAAAUCAACUAAAUGCCAAAGCGAGGCGAGGCAGCGGCUGAAAAUUGAAAUACAAAACUGACAUCGAAACAAAACAAAAACAAAGCAAAAACCAAAAAAAAAAAAAACCAGAAAUCGUGAAACGAAAGAAGCGACUCGACCGACACCCACACCACACCACUCCCCACCCACCCACCACCGGCACCACCACCACCACCACCAUCCAAACAAAUAUUGAAUGCGCGUGAGUGAGGACAAAUCCGAAAGCAGGUGUUUAAUACUCUCGGCUAACAACACAACACAACACUGGCGGCACUGUCUGUAACACUGGAAACAUGUUGCUGAGACGCUCGCCACACAGCGGCAUCCCCAAGAAGUCGCCGGGGCGUCGGACGCCAUCGCCAUCGCCAUCGUCAUCGCCAUCGCCAUCGCCCUCGCGGCCAUCUUCACACCCAACGAUGCCACUGCAACUGCAACUGCUGCUGCUACUAUGCCUGGCAUUUGUGGGCCAUGUCAGUGCACAAUUUGAUCGGACUAUCAAUGAACAGGAGAGCAAGUCUGUGGUCCUUCCCUGUCCCGUGAAUGAGGAAAAGUGCGGCAAGCUGCAUUCAUUGAAUUGGUUCAAAGGCGACGAUCGCAUUGCUGCCAUGCUGCUCGGCGAUAGCAAUGUGACGAGUGUGAAUAAAGAAUUUGAGGACAGAGUAACUGUUGAACAAAAUCCAUACAGACUAGUUAUUAAGGACCUGAAAAUAGGUGAUGAGGAUAUUUAUCUAUGUGAUACAACAUUUUUUAUACCAGAAGAAACGUGUGAUAACUUCAACGGAUAUCGAGUGGAAUUGAGAGUCUUAGAAAACAUUGUGCCACCCACUGAGGUUGUGAUUUUGGAUGCAAAGGGCGAUCGCAUCGAGAACGGCAGCGUGGUGGGUCCCAUGCAGGAGCGGCAGGCCCUGAAGGCCACUUGCACCGUGAAGAACACCCGGCCCCAGCCAGAUGUCGGCUGGUUCCGUGGCACCAAGCGCCUGGCAACAUACUCUCCCACUCAUGAUUUGAACGAUGGCCUCUACACUUCGACACUGGAGUUGGAUUGGCAAUUAUCCCGCGAGGAUCUGGCUCAGGACAUAGAAUGUCGCGUGGAAUCCGCGGCCAUAAAGUCCACGAUUGUUACCAAAUUUAGCGUGGACUUGCAAGUGCGGCCGACGAGCAUACUCAUCAAGGGAGUGGAACAUCAUACGGUGCAGGGCAGCAAAGUAGUGCUGCAAUGUGACAUUCACGGUGCUCGCCCGGCUGUUAACCUCACGUGGUACAACACAACCUCGACUAUCAGCGCAGAGGAGAAUGAUUUAACUGAGAUUCGGACCAAGGCGUUCGAGAAGGAGGAUGGCACCUAUCACACACAAUCAGAGCUCGUGUUCAAUGCCUCCCGCUUCGAGAACGAUCGUGUCUUCAAAUGCGAGGCCGAAAACAUUGUCCUGCAGAUCAACAGAGAGAAGCCAAUCGCAUCGUCUCUAACACUGGAAGUGUUGUAUCCUCCCGUCGUCAAGGUCAGUCCGCCUGAAAUGGUCACCAAUACCAGUGAAAUAGUCCUCCUGAACUGUGAAUAUUUCGCCAAUCCUGCAUCUUUAACCCAAGUUGUAUGGUACCGCAACGGCGACAUCGUCAAUGUUAACGAUACGGAUCACUACCAAGGCGGCAAUUCGGAAAAUGUGGCUCUGGUAAUCAAGUCCACCGAUAAGGAGGACGUUGGCAACUAUUCGUGUCAGCUAUCGAACUCGAUUGGCAAGGGCAUAUCGGAGCAGCAGAUAGAUCUUGAUGUCCAGUAUGUACCCGUUGUGGAGGUUCUAAUGAUACCCGAGGGACCUGUGAAGGAAAGCGACGAGUCGAAUGUCACCCUCUUUUGCAAUAUUUUAGAGGCAAAUCCUUCAGUUCUCACGAAAGUGCGAUGGUACGCCAAUGCCACGCUGCUCAAGGAGCUGCCCGACUGCGAGGAAACUAGAGAGGAUCUGUGCCAUAUCGAUCCCAGUAAACUGUUGUUGGAAAGCAUCGGACGGGGAUUUUUCUACAAUUACUCCUGCGAGGGCUUCAAUGCUGCUGGCUGGGGUCCGCGCAGCGAAGAGAAAGAGCUGAUGGUACACUACGAGCCGGGACCUGCUACCCUGACGCACUUUCCACCCAUUGCUGUGAAAAAGAAGAGCGUCAUCUUCUCGUGCUCUGUGGACGAUCCGGGAUACCCGGAAUCGAAUAGAUAUCGUUGGCUGCGCGGCGGUCGCGGUCCGCUGCAGGACAUUGUCACCAAGGACUGGACGGUGGAACCUGUUGGCCUCGACAGUCGGACCAACUAUUCCUGCUAUGCGUACAACGAGGGCGGCAAGGGCGUAAUGGCCACAGUCAAUUUGGAGGUACACGCACCGCCAUUUUUCAUCAAGAACCUGCCACAGUAUACGGGCGUGCUGCACUCCACCCGCAACGCCAAUCUAACCUGUCGCAUCGAGUGCGUUCCGCGCUGCGAGAUAUCCUGGCAGAAGGACGGCACCCCCAUCGAGAAGAACGAUACCCGCUACUUUGUCAAGGAGAAGUACAUGGACGCCUCGCCGGCAACCGGCGACUUUGAGAGCAUGCUAUCGGUUCUGCACUUUAACAUGUCAAAUUGGGCAAAUUCGAAAUUCGAUAUCUUGGCGGAUAGUGCCAACUACACGUGCGUCUCGACGGCCAAUUCUGUGGGAGCUGGCAUCAGGAGUGGCACCUAUUUGGGCAUUGAAUAUGCACCCAUCAACACAACCGUCGCGAAUGCCACCGUCUAUGUGCAGGAAGACACCAUUCCGGGACGCGUCAUCUGCAAAUCAUUUGGUAAUCCAGAACCUUCCUAUGAGUGGCGGUUCAAGGACAAGACGAUAACGAGGGGCAGUGCUCUGAUCAUCAAUACUCCCAUGCAACGCAACGACAACGGCACCUACACCUGCGUGGCCUUCAACAAACACGGCAAGAGCACGGCUGAAACCGUCAUCGAAGUGCAGUUUAAGCCGCGCUGCGAAAUCGAGAGACGGGAGAUCGACGAUCAGGACACUCUGAUUUGCACAGCAUUCGGUAACCCCGUGGAGGCUGAUUUUUCAUGGUCAAUUAAGGCGGAGAACGAAACUGUUGAAUAUUUGGGCAGCGGCGACGAGAAGUCGUUUGCGGACAAGAGCUUCUAUGUCCUGCAGGAGGACUAUGCCAUUGCCAGGACCUACAGAUGCGUGGCCAAUAACACGGUUGGAUCGGGUGCAUUCUGUGAAAUCGAAGUUGCUGCUGGUUCAGCGCUUUUUAUUUGGUGGCAAGAACAAUUGGCCUGGUGGCAGCGCUGGGAGAAGACGACGCUCAUCAUACUGGUUGCAGCCAUUCUGGGACUGCUGCUGGCCGUCAUUAUCAUUUGCUGUAUAAUCAUAUGCGUCUGCCGUCGUCGCCGGCGCCAGGAUAAAUAUCACACGGAAGUAUCCAUAAGCGCCAGCCAAAGUGUGCUGUCGUAUCAGCCAGUAAUGCCGAAAGUGGGCGCGGCCCUGCCCAUUCUGGAUACGUCGGCUAGCCUGUUGCCAGCCACCUUGUCGGCGGCGAAUCGGCAGCACCAGCAGGAGCACCAGCAGCAGCAGCGGCAGCGGCAGCAGGGCCAACAGCAAAUACUGGCAGUGGCCGAAACCGAAACCGAGACCGAGACCGAGAAUAACAAUGAGAUCUUAUCCACGCCCCCUCCUGUCACGCGCUUCAAUGGCAAUGCACCCAAAUCACCACCCCGCUGGCCACUCCGUCCGGGUGUAAUGCUCCACGUGAGCAGCGAUACCAAGGAGAAUCUGGCCGUGAAUCGGAUGACACUGAAGCCCCAUCCGAAUACGAGUGCCAGUGCCACUGCCAGUGGCAAUGUGAAUGUGGCCAACGCCAGUCAGUUGUCGGCCCAAUUGAGUGCCGUGUUGAACGAGAGCCAGACUAACUCCAACAGCACAAUGCUAACUGAGGUGACGGUGGUUACGGAAGCCGGAACGGGUCCGGGAAUGGGAACGGGAACGGAAGCGGGGAGCAACACUUUGGGGGCAGUGACGAGAUUGAAGGCUGAAGAACAUUUACCACCAACAGAUGAGGCAGAGACUGCCCCGGAGGGAGUCGCCUGCCUGGAGAGCCUUACAGAGGCACCAGCCCCAGCCCCAGCGGCAGCAUCGUCCUCGUCCUCGUCCUGUGCCAAUGCCAGCAAGAUGGAGCGCAUUCUGUCGUUUGUUUUUAAGAGGACCAAGAAGAAGUCAUCGGAUGAUGGCACCCGGGACAGCCAGCGCAGCCAUGUGGGGCUAUUGCAGACAUUCUGGCGGGGACGUGGGGGCCACAACGAUAGCACCACCUCCUCCCCGUUCGGAGCCCAGCAUAGGCUCAAGGGGAUACGUUGCAGUGGCAGUGUCACCUAUAAAAAGACGCCCGCAAAAUCAGCCACUAAUGAAACAACCACAAAAGCAGCCGCCCCAACGGCCGGAGAGACCGCGCCAGGGAAAAGUCCCAGCAGUGCCCCAUCACGUGCCUCUGUGACAUUUCAAGCGCCUUCAUUAGACAAGGAAACCGAUCCGGGGAAAACAAUAGCAGCAACAGCAACAACAACAGACGUAGCCGGGAAGGCACUCGCAAUUCCCUCGCAGGGAGCCCAUUCUUCAUCCCAACCCGUCGGUGGCGUGCCGGCGACCUCAUCGCUCCUUCAGCAGCAGCAGCAACAGAAGCCACCAUACGGUCGCAGUGGUCGGACGCCGCCGCCACGGCCGCCGCCACCCACAUUGCCACUGAGGCCACCAGGCCUUGGCCUCCCACAGAAGGCACUGUUGAAAGGCACCAGCAGUCCGUUCAGCGGCAUUCCAAUCAGAGUCAGUUCCAGCUCCCUGCCUCUGGCCAAGCGAAGCAUACUGGUCUCCUCCAGCUCCCCCAGCAAGGUCGAACACGUCCAAAUACACGACAAGUCGUCUUCACUGGGGGAACCAUUGACGGAACCUGGCGAGUAUGAGAAUCUACCGUUUCAUGGUCUGCAAACGGCACCUAACAAGUUCUCUACUACCCCCACAAAUUUUAAUAACAACACAAAUGUGGUGCGCGUCGCUCCACGACCCAAGAGACUAAAUGGAAGUAUCAGUCAGCCGUCGAACAGCCAGCAACAGCAGCUGCAGCAGCAGCAUCAUCACCAGACUCUGCAGCAUCCUCAUCCACACCAGCAGCAACAUUACUGCGACCUGCAGCAGCAGCAGCAGCAGCAACAGCAGCAGCAGCAGCAGCAGCACUACAACCACCAGAAACCUGGACCACAAUACAAUACCAUGCACCACCUGCCAGCCCCACAUAAUCAGGACUCGGGCACACAUCAAGUGCAAUAUAAUUUGAGCAACUGCUUCCCCAAGAGCUACACCGAGUACUACCAGCAGCAUCAGCAGCACCAACAGAUCCAGAAGCAGCAAUUACCACCGGCCAUGGCCACGACCCAGCACCAGCAGCAGCACCAACAGCAGCAGAAGUUCAACACCAACUCCUCGUCGAAUGUGCAGCUCCUGAACGCCAUCGAGCACGACUACCAGCCCACCUAUGCCGUGGUGGAGCGCGUUCCGGCACCGCCGCCGCCACCCGUGCCCAGCACGGCGCUGCUCAACACGAACCCCUUCCUGGCGGCCAGCAACUUCCGGAAGUACGAUGCAACGGGGGAGGAGCUGCACGGCAGCGUCAGCGGCAGCAUGCAGCGGGGCAAGAAGACCAAAGGAGUCGUGGAAAUGGACAAGAAGUUUUACUCUCUGAAGUUCCCGGGCGGCGGCGGCGCCAAGGUCAAGAAGCCAGCUGCGUACAAUGGGAAUAUUAGUACUCCACUGGGCUCGACCACGUCCCCCACCUCCGCCACCGACUCAUCCUCUGCGUCGAAGUGCAAGAGACAUCAUUCCUUUGCUGGCAAUAGCCAUAGCGAUAUUGACUCCGGUGGCAAGCCCAUGCGGCUCUAUGAUCCGCCCGUCUACGAGAACGUAGCCGAGAAAUGCCACGUCGACGCGGCCAUGGACAUGGGCGGCGGCAGCAGCAACCUUCACACCAAUCCAAAUCUGGCCACUGUGCAGCUGCACACGCACUCUGGUGGAGGCGGAGGGGGAUCUGCUGUCGUCCAGCAGAAGAAAAAACAUCACCAUCGCCAUCACCAGCAAAAAAAUGAUCCAGGAGGUGGAGGAAGUGGCGCCGAGUUCCAGCUGAUGGAGCCCGAACGCCUCAGCAUCUAUCGCAGCGACUCGGGUAUAUCGAACAGCUCCUACGAGUCCCAGCUGCCAUCCGGCUUGUCGCAGCAGCAGCACCGCCCAUCGAAGGCCCACAAAUCAGGAGCAGGGGCCGGGGCCGGGGCAGGGGCAGGGACACUGGCAAAUGCCAGCGCAUCUGGUGCGCUGUGUCGGAAAACGGUCUACAUAAAUAUGGAGGGACAGUGUGCCGGCCUGAUUCAUGCAGACUCGCCGACACAUGUGCACUCGUCCUACGAGUCCGCCUCGUCCACCAGCCACGUGGGCGGCGGUGGCGGUGGCGGGGGCGGGUCGGCCCUCGCCGUGGACCCAACAUCGCUCUCGUCCUGCACAUCGCUGUACAGCAGCGGCACCAGCGGCACAGCUGCCUCCCUCCGCUUUAGCCGUCACCAGCACCAGCACAAUCAAGCCAUGGCGAAUGAAAUCACGACUCCCGAAGACUUUGAGCAGUACCAACUGGGCCACCAUCCGACGCACUCGGCCUCCACGCUCUCGGUGGCCAGCAGUCUUAAUGCAUCCGGAAGGGGAAAAUGCAAAGCAGGCCCACCACCCCAGUACAGUCCCCACGAGACCAACAAAACGCUGGCUACUAAUCCAUUUCUAGCCAAUAAACGGAACAACGGCGGCGUCGGUGGCGGCUGCCUCGGGAACAAGAAACUACGACGGCAAACCAUCAGCGACCCCUACGCACAUAUCAAACGGCGGCAGUACGAAGGUUAUGCAAACGCAGCAGCCGACUAUGAUGUCGACACCAAUAUUACCCGCAGCAGCCACAAUUCAGAAGCCCCUAAUGCCCACGGUGAUAGCUGCCCCACCAAAUCUGCGGCAGUUGAAUCAGCAGCAACAGCAACAGCAACGUCAGCAGCACGCCAGCAGCAAAUUGGCAACAGCAACACGGGCUUUGGCCACAUCAAGAUCGGGAAUGGCGCCAGUGCCAGUGCCAGUGCAAGUGCCAGUGGAGAACAUCAAGCACAAUUGCUAAUGCCCAAUGAAUUGCUGCUGCAGGCAUCCCGAUUAGGUUCUUUCGCCACCGUCGACAAUUUGAGAUAUGUACCGCCGCUGACUCCGGUCAAUGGUCCACUGCGACGGCCCCUGGCGGAUGGCGGGGCCUAUGACUGUCUGGUGGUGCGACGUCCAAUACGCCUGCCCCUGCGUAAGCACCACACCUUCCAUUUUCAGAGCAACCAGACGGCCAAUGGGCGGCUGCAACAGCUGCGCCAGCAACUGCAGCACCAGCAGCGGGAGAGGGAACAUUUGGAGCAGGAUGUGGGCUCUCUGGUGUACCGUCCAUUGGCUCUGAAUGAGCGGCAUGCCUUCAAGCCAAUUUCACCAACUCCCGCCGUGGCAGCUGCUGGACCAGAGGAGGCAGAAGAAUCAGAGGCACAGGAACAGCAGCAGCAGCCACAGCAGCAGCCCCCUGGUACAACUGGACAACUAAAUCCCGCCGCCUCAUUAGAGGCAUUAGAGCUUCUAACUAAAACGCAUCCAGACUUUAUGUUCCCGCGGUCAAGCUACCCACAGAACGAGCCCACCACGGAGGAGGGAAUAGAAUUAUCUGCACGGCCAUCAUCAGCACAAGGGACGGUGGAGGUGGAGACAGAGGUGGAGGAAGACGAGGAUCUGGGCUAUAGCUUCUGCGAAGAGGAGUACAUGGUGGACAACGAUAACGAUAACGAUAACGAUGAUGCCAGCAGCCUGCAAACAACCACAGCACCGACUAACACCCCAGUCCGUAGCUCAAACCAGGAAUCGGCGAUUGCCAAUGCAACUGCAGGUGCACUUAAGUAUUUUAUGACCCAAAGCUAUCGUGAAGUUCACAUUUAAAAGGCAAAAAUAUUGAAAUUCACCAAAGAAAACAGGCCUACGCGACGCAUACAAGGUAUUAACUAUUAUAUGAAAGAAGGACAAGUGGAAGUGAAAGUGGAAGUGAAAGGAGAAGCGGGAGUAAAAUUCACUUAGACUGUAAGAUCAACAUAAUUACUGCAACAUUUAUAAGCUUAGCAAACCGAAAAAAGUGAAAUAUAGUAGGGCAUAAGUUGGAUAGAAGAAAUAAUAAUAAUAUCGGCGUAACAUAUGUCAUAAAGGAAUAUGUCCGAAUUUUUUUUGUUUCGACUUAAUUUGAAAAUCAUCCGUGGAUCGUAUAAAUAUAACAGCAUAGAAAACAAAUAGGAUUAACAAAAGGGUGGAAUCUUCCGGCUCGCACUAAUUGUAUAUACAUAUAGAUAUUGACAUUCGACAUAAAUAUCAUUAACAUUAAGGUUUAUUAUUCUCAAUAGCAAAACCAAUGCAAAUCCAAAUGCAAAUACAAAUAAAAUUACAAAACGCAAUGCGCUUAGCCCCGUCUAACAAAAUAACCGAAUCGAAUCACACAACCAAAUAUGCAUUUAUUUAGUUGGCGCUAACUAUCGACAUAAAAUACAUACAUGUAUAUCAAUCGUUUUUUUGUCUAGCCUAAGCAAAACGUGGAUUAGAUAAGUUAAUUAAGUACUCUAGUACUCUAGGAAAAUCAGACUGUGUGUGUUAAGUUUGAUAGUCAUGUGUAUAAGGUUUUUUUUUUUAAAUAAUAAAUGCGGCCGAUAGAUUCAUACAUAGAUGUAUGUUAGCUAGUGUGUGGGCCUACUCCGUAUGGGGAAAUAGCAUACAAAAAGAUAGGGGUAUACGUUUUUCUAUUUAGUUUGUCUAGGAAUCGAAAACACCAUUGAUACAAAACCAAAAGAAAGCCACCCCGGAUUAAGGUAUUUUUUAGUUUAAGUCAGUACUUAAUAUUAUGGCAAUAAUUUGAAACCAAAGCAAACUUGAAAAGUCUCUUGGGCGGCAUGCUAUAUCGAUUUUUGGAAAGCUAUUCUCCACCUCCUUUACAGUAUACGAAAAAGCCAUCACAAUGUCUCCUAAAUUAAACGAAUUGUAAUUUUUUAUAGCAUGUGUCUGACUUUGAGGAUCCUUACAAAAGCAGCAAUACCUAUAUAUACUAAAUUAUUAUUUGUUUAAAUUUCAAA